AUGGCGAGGGACAGCCCCAUCCUCAACCGCCAACCGUUCAAGGGCCUCUACCUCGCCUACUUCACGCUCUCCUUCCUCGUCAAGAUCCCCGCUUGGACCGUCUGGUACAUCCCCCGCUCGAACAGGUCGCGCCGCUCAUGGUCCAUCAAGCGCGCCCUCAUCGUGCGCGCCGCGCAGGAGGCGUUCUCCUGCAAGGUCGACCUCACGACCGAGAACAAGCCACCCAGUGAGGAGCCAGUGCCGGACAGCAAGCUCAAGGACGCGAAGUUCACCUGGGUCGAGGGCGUCUCCGACGACCUCUUCGUCGGCGAGGUGCGCCGCAUCGCUGAGCUCACUGGGGUCAAGCCCGCCAGAGUUGGUGGGUUCUGGCUCCUCAAGGCGAACACGCCCUGGAAGGGCCUGAAGGCGCAGCCAGGCGAGAAGACCGUCCUGCACCUGCACGGCGGCGCCUUCCACAUCUCCAGCGCGAACCCGUCCGACAUCACAGCGAACUUCACGCGCGGGCUGCUGAAGCACUCCACCGCGCUGCAGCGCACCUUCGCGGUCGAGUAUCGCCUCUGCAACGCCGCGCCCUUCGCGCCCGCGAAUCCGUUCCCCGCCGCGCUCCUCGACACGCUCGCCGCGUACCGCUUCCUCGUGCAGGACGCGGGCUUCGAGCCGCGGAACGUCAUCGUCGUUGGGGACUCAGCUGGGGGCAGCCUCGUGCUCGCGCUCGCGCGCCAUCUCAUCGACAACCCGAUCCCCGCGCUGCCGCCGCCUGGAGCGCUGCUCACCGCGUCGGCGUGGCUCGACUUGUGCAUGUCGCGCCGCGGGCCGGGGACGUCGGAGACGCUCAACGGGCCGAUCGAUAUCUUUGGGGUGAGCGACGAGGACCCGUUCGCGCUGUACGGCGUGCGUGGGUACCAGGGUCCGCUCGACUUCGAGGAGAUCCGCACGAACAGGUACAUCUCGCCGAUGUCGCUGUAUGUGAAGCCUGGGCCGGACGGGAGCGUGUUCAAGGGAUUUCCGCAGACGUACAUUGUGGCCGGUGGGGCGGAGCGGCUGCUGGACGACUCGGUCGCGAUGGUGGAGAAGAUGACGGAGGAGGGGGUGAAGGUCGUGUCGGAUAUCUCUCCGGACGCGAUACACGACUUCGUGGUGUUCACCUGGCACGAGCCGGAGCAUACGGACACCCUGAAGAGGAUCGCGAAGUGGAUCGACGAGAUGUAAACGUUCUGCUGUCUUGCUAUGGUCGCUUGAACUUUGUCCUGCUUGCUCUUCGUAUGCCUCUCUUGGAACUUGUACUGUGAUGGGCCUCCGCUGUGUUUGGAACUGUAGUCUGUAAUCCCUGAAUGAUGAUACCUGGCAUAAUGUACAACACUUCCAGCCCUUCAUACAUAAGUAAGAACGCGAGGCGCGCCCUCCCCGCCCGGCACCAAAUCAGCCCAAAUCUCCCCCAAAGCAGCCUCAAACGCAGCCUCCCGGCCCUUCCUCACAUUGAACGCCACCUCGCACGCCCCAGCAUCCGCGAUCCACACGCCCUCCUCCGUCGGGACCGCGUUCGACGGGUACAUGAGCACGUAGUUGUCCGUCGGCACCGUGUCCGGCUGCAGCCAGCACACCUGCCCGGGGUACCCGAAGUGCGCCCCACCCCAGUUGCUCCUGUAGCUUGAGUUGAUGAUGAUCUGCCCGGGGGUGGGGGCGAUGUAGUGCCCGCGCUUCGCGACGGCGGGCCCGUGCCACGCUUCCCCGGAGAUGGCGAGGAAGUCGCGCACGUACAGCGGGUCGCGCGCCUCGCGUAUGGACGUGCGGAUUGCGCGCGCGUACGCGAGGAACGUCUCAGUGGGAGAGCGUGGGGAAGCUGGCACGACGGGGUCCGUCGUCGCGUAUAUCAGGCCAUUUGCCCCGGAGUUGAGGGGGACGAGCUCGGGGAC